AUGGGCAAUACGGUGACUUGUUGUGUGUCCCCAGAUGCCAGCCCGAAGCCAGGCCGUGCCCGUGGGGUGGUGGAGCGGCCGGAUCCGUACCAGGUAGACGUGGAACUCAAAGCCGAGCCCGAGUCUAUCUUACAGCACAUCAGCGACCGGGAGCUCCCGGAUGAACUUGCCUCUGAAUCUAAUCCUUCUGAUCAUGCAAGAGCAAGCACAAUAUUCCUCAGUAAGUCCCAGACUGAUGUGAGAGAAAAGAGGAAGAGUAACCAUAUAAAUCAUGUCUCUCCUGGACAACUUACAAAGAAGUACAGUUCAUGUUCCACAAUAUUUUUAGAUGACAGCACAGUCAGUCAGCCUAACCUCAGAAGCACAAUAAAGUGUGUUACCUUAGCAAUAUAUUACCACAUAAAGAACAGAGAUUCAGACAGAUCCUUGGACAUAUUUGAUGAAAAACUGCAUCCUUUAACGCGUGAGGAGGUGGCAGAUGAUUACUGUAAGCAUGAUCCGGAUCAUAAGCACAUCUACCGUUUUGUGCGAACUCUUUUCAGUGCAGCUCAACUGACAGCAGAGUGUGCAAUUGUCACUUUAGUUUACCUGGAAAGGCUUUUGACUUAUGCUGAAAUUGAUAUUUGCCCCAGUAACUGGAAAAGAAUUGUAUUGGGAGCAAUCUUGCUGUCGUCUAAGGUAUGGGAUGAUCAGGCCGUGUGGAAUGUGGACUACUGCCAGAUUUUGAAGGACAUUACUGUAGAUGACAUGAAUGAGAUGGAGAGACACUUCCUGGAGCUGCUGCAGUUCAACAUCAAUGUUCCCGCCAGUGUAUAUGCCAAAUACUACUUUGAUCUGCGUUCUCUGGCAGAUGACAACAAUCUCAGCUUUCUGCUAGAGCCUCUUAGUAAAGAGAGAGCACAAAAACUAGAGGCUAUUUCCAGGCUCUGUGAAGAUAAGUACAAGGACCUUUCUAAAGCUGCUAUGAGACGGUCCAUCAGUGCCGAUAACCUAGUGGGCAUUCGGCGCUCUAAUGCCAUCAUUUCCUGAGGCAAGACCAGCAGAAGCAGCUGCGACAUGAUCAGUGUGCACGGAUACCCAGUCACUACCCAGCCUCCCACACACUCUUACACACUAUAUUAAGCCAGCAGUGUCUUCCAGUAUGAGGGCUGUGGGGGGCAAGGGUUGGUGAAUGCAGGGGCACUGCAAGCCCUUCUUCAAGACUAAGGGGCAUACAUCAUGAAAACAGAGAAGUGGAUGUAAUGGAGAGCAGCACAGUCGGUUUACACAGAAUAACGUGGUGCAUCAAGUGAAGUCCUUCUCUUCGAUAUUUUUACCACCUACAUUUGUAUGCUUACUAUGUAGGCCUAUAGCUGUGAACUCAGACUUCUUAACACUAUAUAGUUUGACAUUUUAGGAUCUAAAACACUAAUCAUGUGAUUAUAGUUAUUUUAUUGCCUUCUCGGUCCCCUUACCCAUUUUUUAUAGUUUUUUCCUGAAAACACACUAAGCCACACCAGAGCAGUGACCAGGUUUAUGCAGGGCCUUGUAUGAUGCCCUCUGAGUCUAAAGCUUUUGAAUAGGUCAGUGUAAUGUUUCCGAAGUCUUUUACCUACCAGCACAGCAACUACAAAACAGUUUGCUUAGGAUUGGGACUGUCCAAAGAAGAAUCUGCAUUUAGUAAUGAAAUGGGAUCUGGCCUUUACUACUGUAAUAUGGCACUCCUCCGGAAACUAUGUAUUAUAAGGAACUGCAAAUUGAAAUAAAUUUUUGGAUUUUUAUACUUUUACACCACUUCCUCAGCUCAAAAUGAUGUAAGGAUGGGUUCCUACUACAAAUGAACCCCUCCUCGUUGGAUUAACCAUUAGAUUCACUUGUAUGUAUACUCUAAAGAUUACAAAAGAUCACUACAGCUCGGUUUAUUUGUAUCUGUCCUACCAUCAGCAACUUACUGUAUGUUCACAUGCAGCAGUAUUAUGUUGGCAGUUAUUCUAGAUAUGAGAUGUGUCCUUGCAAUUUCAAGAGAACUGUACAGAAAUGGUUGUUUCCUAAGACUAGGAUAAAGCACAGCAGCAGUAUGCUGAACAGUCCAUUACCUUGCCUCAAAACUGCAUGUGUUUUACUGGGAAUUGCCAUGGGUUUGCAAUGUGGUUCUUGGCCAUUCCAUUCAUUCAUUUGCUAGUGACAUUUUUUAAAUAUUUAACUUCAAAAGCCCUGUCUACUACAUCCUUUUUGAUACUGAUUCUUUUAUGUUUAUCUUGUGUAUUCUAAAGGAGGAAGGUGGGUGGCAGCAGUGUUAGUGAUGUACUAAAAGCAUAAACAUGUCACGCAGAUGUAUGUCAAAUUGGUGCACGUUAAGCACUUUACCAAACUCUUCUAAUCUUGUAUGGGAAUCCUAAACUGUUUCUUGUAUAGGAAAUAUUGCACAGGAAUUAAAACAAUGACCUGACACAAACCAUUUGCAACAAGAGAAAGCAUGCCCCAAAACUAAAAGUUGCUGUUACAGUUGUGUAAAUUAGGCCACAUGCUUGCAGAGCUUAGCAUUGUUCAGAAGCCUUGUAGAGGGUAAAUGGAGCACUGGCAGUGUAUGUGACCUACUACUCUGUUCAUGGGGGGACAUUUUACCCCUGGUGUCAGGUGACUGCUGCAUCCCUAGGACAAUCUGAUAGUUAUCGUCUUCCCUGUAAAUAGGGGCUAAUUCUAAAUGACUGGGAUGCCCCUUAAAGGAGUACUUAGGAAAACAAAUGUUUUCAUAUCAACUGGGGCCAGAAAAAUUAUACAGAUUUGUAAAUAUUACUACAUAUUGACUACUGUAGACUUUGUGUAGUUCUUUCCAGUUUGACCACAGUGCCCUCUACUGUCACUUCUAAGGAACUGUCCAGAGGAGGAGCAAAUCCUCAUAGAGAACCUCUCCUGUUCUGGACAGUUCCUGAGACAGACCGAGGUGGCAGCAGAGAGCAAUUUGGUCAGACUUGGAAGAACCACACAACUUCCUCUAGGGCAUUAGCGCAUACAGCAGCUAAGUACUGGAAGGCUUAAGAUUUUUAAAUAGAAGUAAUUUACUUGUCAAUAGAACAUUAACACUUAUUUGGCAUAUAUAGCUGAAAGGGGUACUUCGUGGAAUAUUAUAUAUAUUUUUUUUAUCAACUGGUGCCAGAAAGUUAAAGUGUUGUAAAUUACUACUAUUUAAAAAAAAGAAAUAUUAAUCCUUCCUGUACUUAUCAGCUUCUGUAUACUACAGAGGAAGUUGAGUUCUUUUCUGUCUGACCACAGUGCUCUCUGCUGACUUCUCUCCAGAGCAAGAGAGGUUUGCGAUGGAGAUUUGCUCCUAGUCUGGGCAGUUCCCAACAUGGACAUAGGUGUCAGCAGAGAGCACCGUGGUCAGACAGAAAAGAAAUUCAAAAAGAAAAUAACUUUCCUCAGUAGCAUACAGCAGCUGAGAAGUACUGGAAGAAUUAAGAUUUUUAAAUAGAAGAAGUUUACAAAACUGUUAAACUUUCUGGCACCAGUUGAUUUAGAAAAAAAAAAUGCUUUCCACUGGAGUACCCCUUUAAGGAAGAAUUAGCCAUACUCGAAUGGUGCAGGAUUCAAGAGUGACCAGAGAGACUAAGAUUAGAUAAAGGUAGUUCAACCAUUUAAAAAAAAAAAAAAAAAAAACGCACCGCUCCUGUUCACAUACUUCCUCCACUAAGUUUUGAUUUUUGUUUUCUGUUUUUUCACACCACAUUUUGCAAUCAUUAGAAGUAUAUGUCUGAAGGAGCUCCCAACUUAUACCACUGAUGGAUGCUACAAAAUAGACAUACAGGGCCAACAUACAGGGCCAACACAACACCUAAGAAGACAUCUAAAAUAUGGUUAGGGACAUGUAGCCUCAGCUCAUCCGGUAUUAGCUUUGCUAGUCUGGUGGGAAGUCUAUAUCAGAACAAAUUUUGAGCUUUUUCUUAGUGCAGGUCCGACAGAGUAACAGCUUGGACACAG